CAGCCACAAUCUGACAUCUAAAUUUAUUCAAAUAUUUGUAAUCACGAUUUUAAUGUAAAAAAUACUAUUAGUACGGAAUUAAAGUAACAGAAUUUGCUUAACAUGUCAAACAACAUAAAUCCAUUGGCGGGCACAGCUCAUCUACUGGAUGAAUUGGACAAGAAACUUAUGGUACUGCUACGCGAUGGAAGAACCCUAAUUGGAUAUUUAAGAUGUGUCGACCAAUUCGCCAACCUAGUAUUGCAUAAGACAAUCGAACGGAUUCAUGUAGGAAAGGAGUAUGGGGAUAUCCCAAGAGGUAUUUUUAUUGUACGAGGCGAAAAUGUUGUACUUCUAGGAGAAAUUGAUAAGGACAAAGAAGAUAACUUACCACUAACAGAAGUAUCAGUAGAUGAUAUAUUGGAUGCUCAGAGAAGAGAACAAGACGCAAAGAUAGAACAACAGAAACUUCUCUCAAAAGCUUUGAAAGAAAGAGGUCUAAACUUAUUGGCUGAUAUGGGGCAUGAUGAUAUGUUUUAAUGCGCUGUAAAAGUAUAAAAGUGUUGAAUUCAUCAUUCCAAUUUGCAAUAUUCUCAAAACUUAGUAUUUAUUUGCAAUGUCCUUGUGAAUGGGG